UUUAAGACCGUCUCGGUGAAAAGUCGAAUUAAAAUUUUCAGUGAGAAGAUUUUCCUGGAAAGUUACUGGAGCUCUUCUUUCAACCAUCUCUUCAACGAGAGACAAUAAAUACUCAGUCGUCGGCAAUAUUGAACGCACGAUAUUUAGUCAUCGCAGUGCAAUAAAAUUCGGUGGCGUUCGAUUAAGUAAUAGUGCUUUUAUUACUAAUAAAUUAUUUAUCACUAUUGUUUUGAGCUUUGUCGCAAGAAAGUACAAAACAGAGAACUAUGGCUGUGCCCCCAUUCACGCUGGAUCUUGCGCCACUGACCGACAGUCUGCUGGAACAGUCGCGAGUGGAGCUACGAGAGACACCAGAGAUCCGUGAGAAGUCAAUCAGGGAGCUGCGCCAGCUCCUGCACGAGGCCACGGAUCUGCACUACAGGGAUGACGAUGACUUCCUCUUGAUCUUCCUGAGGCCCUGCCACUUCUAUCCCGAGAGUGCGAUUAAGAUGAUGCGUCGGAUUGCUGAGUUCAAGAAGAAUUACUCGUCUCUCUUGAAACACGUGAUGCCGCAGGACGAGAAAUCUGCUUUUACGGAUCACAAUAUUGUUAACGUCCUCACGAAUCUGGACCACAAGGGACGACGUGUACUCAUAGUCAAUUGCGGAGGACCGUGGGAUCCGAAGAUCGUGAACUCGGAUCAGCUCUUCAGAAUAUUUUAUCUGGUGCAUUUGGCAGCUCAGCUGGAGGUGGCCACGCAAAUCCGAGGCGUGGUGGUUAUCAUGGACUUCGAUGGACUCUCCAUGAAGCAGAUAAAAGCUCUGUCGCCGGCAUUCUCAAAGAGACUCCUCACCUUUAUCCAGGAAGCCAUGCCGCUCCGACUCAAGGAGGUGCACAUCAUCAAGCAGCCGUACCUCUUUAAAAUGGUAUGGGCCUUCUUCAAGCCGUUCAUUCAAGAGAAAUUGGGAAAGAGAAUGCAUUUCCACGGAAGCGACAUGAAAUCACUGCAUAAGUUCAUGGAUCCAGAUUUCCUACCAGCCAAUUACGGCGGUAACUUGCCAGCAACCAACUAUGGAGGAAAGGAGUGGUUCCCGUGCAUCAUGGAUCAUGUUGAUCACAUCGAGAAGUGGAAUUCCUACGGAUACGCCAAUGCAAUUCCCUAGACAAGAAAAUCAUAGAUUGCUAAUUAGAAAAAAUUCCAUACAAAUUCCAAAUAUAUUAUACAUUUUUGAUGAGGGUUUAUUCUCUUCCA